GUCUGAUGUCCGUGGCUUAAUUCUCCCGGCUCUAGGAAUAUCAGAUUGGAAACAUCAAGGAGUUGUCGAGCUUUACAGGAAGAUCUCAGAUGAAGGAUAUAUGCUGAUAUAUUUAUCUUCAAGAGGAAUAGGACAGUCUGAGAGUACUAGAGAAUAUCUACAUUCACUCAGAGAAGAGGAGUACACAAUGCCUUCAGGCCCAAUCCUGCUCUAUACAGAUUCUGUUAUCAAUGCGCUCACCGCCGAGAUAAUAGAUGGAAACCCUGAGGUGCAGAAGAUCAGUAAGCUGGCAAGAGUUCGAGGAGUUUUCUCUGGGAAUCCAUUGUUCGCAGCUUACGGGAACAGAGAUUCAGAUAUAAUGGCAUACAAAGCUCUCAGCAUACCAGAGGAUCAUAUAUUUAGGCUGGAUGAGGAGAGUCUUCUGGUUUCUCAGACAGAUAUAACACCCAAGACCUUCCGCGAACAUAUAGAUGAUCUAGAGAAUAUAUAUCCUAAAUAUAUUCCACUAUAGACGAAUUGAGAAUAUAUAUCCUAGAUAUGUUCUAAUAUAGAUGAUCUAGAGAAUAUAUAUCCUAAAUACAUUCCACUAUAGACGAAUUCAGAAUAAAUAUCCUAGAUAUGUUCUAAUAUAGAUGAUCUAGAGAAUAUAUAUCCUAAAUAAAUACCCUAUAGACGAAUUGAGAAUAUAUAUCCUAGAUAUGUUCUAAUAUAGAUGAUCUAGAGAAUAUACAUAAUAGAUAUGUUCCGGUAAAGAUGAUCUAAAGAAUUUAUAUUCUAGAUAUGUUCCACUUUCAGAUGAUCUAGGAAGAAUAAAUCCUAAAUAUGUUCCACUUAAGAUGAUUUAUUCUAGAAAUAUUUCCCUGUAGUAACCAGCACACCAAGAAACUUUCUCAUCUUUAGUCUAAUAUAAUACAGAUGAUAUUAUCAGAUAACUUAUUUCAUAUUAGUGAACAUCAAAGAAAUUGGAAUCAUAACUAGUCUAUUUUUAUGUUGCAGUAUUCUUUACACACUGAGCAGAACGUUACAGCGUACAUUUUAUACAUAACUGAAUAAAAUCUGACAAGCUACUAUAAAUUCUCAAGGUUUCUUGUCAAAUUCUGACGGCUCUUCUGUUAUUUAUCCAAUUCCUCGGUUGGAAAAAUUAGAAUUAAUAUCAUGACUUGGUUUACUUUAUUGUUUAACAAACAGCUGUACAAUGUUGACAAAUAUUUGCGACUUAGAUACUUCCGGAUCCUUCAUAGUAUCUCGUUGUACAGUACAUGAAACCGUUUACGGUCUCCAGUUCCAGAAUGCACAAAAUAAACAAAUAAAAUUU